AGACUGGUUACCAGCUCAGUCUGGUUUCGGGAACUUUCGAUCAUUUUAGAUUUUGUUUGUGAUUAAAACUAAGCCAUUAGGAAUUGUAAGAAUAUAGAAUUCAGUUAAAGGUAAAUAAAGAAUUCUUAUUUAUAAGAAUGAUUGUAUAAUGAAGAUUAGUUUUUUUGUUACAUAAUCUGGAAAAAUUAUUUUAUUAAUUUUAUAGAUGUCGUUGACAAUUCAUAAAUAAAACAUAUUAAAAAUUGAGCUAAUGUAAUUAAUAAUGCUCACUCAAAGAAAUAGAACGUCAUAUAUAUCUUACUAUAUCAGGCAAUAAAGAUUUUCAAACUAUGACGUAAAAGAAACUAGCAAGUUAGGAUAAUGGAUUUCGAAACAAAAUCGAUUGUUUUUGUUAGUCGCUAGCAUUUAUGUUCUUUAUAUUACCAUUAAAAAAAUCUGCAAUUAGAACAGUUAAAAAUUCAAUCAUAUGUUCUAGAUUUUAGUAGAGUUUCGUUAAACGACCUGGUGUUGAAUACAAAUCAGUAAUACUGUGAACAAAAACCUUUUGGCUACAAAACACGUGGUACAAGUUUUCCCAUAGUCAGAAAAUUUAUUGUCCCAGAUCUUUAACUCAAAUCUAAGUCUACCUUGACCUUAAUGUUAUGAAUCAGUAUUUGAACUGAAUGCAAGUACAGUUUGAGAAUCUUAUACGCCUUAGGGCUAUUAAUACAUGCUUGUUGCACAUAAAACAUCAACGUUGUUUUUAACUUAAUUUAUUGCAUGAUGUUGAAUAAAGGAAAAAGUUUGUCCCUUCUCCCCCGAGCGAUAAAGAGAGAAAAUUAAUGAAUGUAAAAUGGGAGCAUCUUGCCGCUGGAGUAAGUGGUGGAGUGUUAUCAACUCUUGUCUUGCAUCCUUUAGAUCUCAUAAAAAUACGAUUUCAAGUUGAUGAAGGAUGGUCUACAUUACAACGACCCCAAUAUAGAGGAAUUUUACAUGCAAUAACUUCAAUUGCCAGGCAAGAGGGAUUGAGUGGACUAUACAAGGGAGUAACUCCAAAUGUUUGGGGUGCAGGAUCCAGCUGGGGAUUAUAUUUUUUAUUUUAUAACUCCUUCAAAUCACACCUUAUGGAAAAGAACCAAGUUCAAACUCUCUCCGCUCCAUCUCAUAUGCUAAUUGCCAGCGAAGCUGGCUCAUUAACCUUACUUCUGACAAAUCCAAUAUGGGUUGCAAAAACUCGUUUGUGUUUGCAAUACGAUGCUCUCGCAAGACCAACGAUGGGAGAAAAUAAACAUACUAAAUUUAUACAGUAUAGGGGAUUGUUCGAUUGCGUAAAAAAAAUUUACAAACACGAAGGUGUUAAAGGCCUCUACAGAGGCCUGAUACCUGGUUUAUUUGGUGUUUCUCAUGGUGCUCUUCAGUUUAUGGCUUAUGAAGAAUUGAAAAAAUUUUAUAAUAAACAAAAAAAUGCCCCUCCCGAUGCAAAAUUUACUUCUGUAGAAUAUCUAACUUUUGCCGCUCUUUCCAAAAUCUUCGCUGCAUCUACUACCUAUCCAUAUCAAGUCGUGAGGGCAAGAUUACAGGAUCAACACAGGGAAUAUGCUGGAGUUAUGGAUGUUAUUAGACAAACCUAUAAGUUGGAAGGUUUACGAGGCUUCUUCAAGGGACUAUCACCUUAUUUGUUACACGUUACUCCUAAUAUUUGCAUUGUGUUUCUUGUUUACGAAAAAGUAACAAGCAGGAAAUGA